AUGGCCUCCCUCUCGGACUUCUCGUUCAUGCCCCUCCUCGGCGGCGAGGCCACCCGCUCCCCAUCGUUCAGCGACAGCACAUUCCAGGCGUUCGCUCAUCUAGCAGAGUAUAUCGACAGUUCGGUUAUCGAGGAGCCAUCCGAGCCUGCAACUGACGAAAGCCAGGGCGUGGCACCUCCAUCGGCGGACGACACCUUCCUCAGGGACGAUCGAAGGCUCUCGGUAGCCAAUAGCAGCGGCGUCUCCGCAGACCUUAACGCCAGUUGCUUGAACGCUGAGAUCGUCUACAAAGUGGGGGCGACGCCCGUCCCGGUCUCGUCCACAGCCAGGCUGCUAUCGACCGCGCACAUUGACGUCAUCAACACUGCUUGCAUGCUGGAGGACCAGAUCAGGGAUAUGGAGAAGGUCUGCGCUGCUGCCGAAGGGCGAUGCGCCGAGAAGCGCAAGAGGAUCGAAGAGCUCGAAACCCAGCUAGCGACGCUUACUGGACGAGAGACUGAGGAGUGUUCAGAUGUCGAUCCUUUUGAAGACCCCAACGAAGAGUGGGAAGGGCUUACAGACGAGCACGGUGUAUGUCAGGAGAUGAGGGACACUUCGGGCCGCGUCAAUCCGGUGAAGCGAGCUAUUGGACUGGGCUUGGAGGGCGCCGUUAUCUGCGAGACUCCGGACGGCAAGGCAGACGCGACUAGGGGGUCCGUCGAAAGCGAAGGGACAACCACGAUCAACGGACUCGCUUCUCCCACUGUAUCCUCGCUCGUGCACCAGGAGCUCAGGAACAGCUACUUGCAAGCUUCGAGGAUCCGCGAUGGUGUGGCAUUCCCGCGCACGAGCGGCCCAACUGCGGAAGCGGAGGUCGAUGAGCCGAAGUCGACUCGAUCCAGUUCGUUCAGAAACAUGCUAGGCGACUUUGCUAAGCGACAGAAGAGCACCGAGGGGACAUGGAAGAGCAAGAAGGCACGCGGAACACUACGCAGGAUGGACAUCGAUAUAUUCGGCAUACCGGCUCUCGAAGACGGGCGGCGACGGGGAUCCUCGAUUUCGGGCAAGAACAGUAUCAAGCGCUCCUUCACGCGGUCGCUCCGGAGCAAGAUGACCAAAUCGCUUGGGCGACAGCGGUCGAGUCCCAAGCGCAUGCCUCUCAUGGAGUCGUCGGCGCUCAAGGCUUUCUUGAAGAAUUCCAAGGCAGAAAGUGCGGGUAGCGUCAAAUCCAAAGGAACUUGGAGGAAGCGCCGGGGAAGCUUACAAGUCCAGGAUAAGGAGAACGUCGCCCAGACGGCUGCAGGCAAGACUCAAAGCCAGCGACAGUAUACUAUUCCCGAUGGCAAUACCAGCGUGCUGUUCUAUUAG